GGCUGAUUUUCUUUUUUUGAUUGCUAUACGUUUUGGCAGUAGACUCGUGCCAGUCACCCUGCGUCCGUUAUAUUAGAACAGAGUCCGUCUGCAUCGCGAUCCGCCCUGCUUGAUCGACAUUUCUGCAAGUUUGCCGUUUCGAUUUGAUCCAUGAUGGAGACUCCGGACCGAUAUGACUCGAGCAGUCCUUUCGAGUAUUGCUUCCCGCUUUCCCUAGAUUCACCGACAACGGACGCAUCAGUUUUAUUUGAUAGCGAUGGCUAUUUCGAAGAGCUGCAGAGUGAUUCUCCUUCUGACCGGUACAUACUGGUCACCGGUGGACUGGGCUUCAUUGGCAGUCACACGACUUUGGAACUUCUCAAAGCGAAUUACAACGUUAUCAUAAUAGAUAACCUCAGCAACUCUUUCCUAAGCGUUUUGGAGAGAAUUAACUUCCUGGCGCCCACUUAUCAUGAGCAGAGAGGGACCAAAAUGCCGUUGUUGCGGCUGCAUUCCCACAACUUUCGAGAUCAACGAGCACUGCGGCAGUUGCUUGAAGAGUACCGGAUUCCGUCGGAAACGGGUCAUCCCACGUCCAGAAUUGCCGGUGUCAUCCAUUUUGCUGCCCAUAAAGCAAUCGAAGAGAGUAUCCGGGAGCCGUUGAAGUACUAUGCGAACAACGUAAGCGGACUGAUAGAUUUUGCGGCAACUUUGGGCGAAUUUGGUAUCAAAACGUUCAUCUUUUCUUCCUCUGCCACAGUAUACGGGACCUUGGCGACUUCUGGCCUUCCUCUGAGAGAGGAGCUUUGCGUCCAUAGAGAACAGAUCAUUAGAGACGACGAUGGAGUCGACAGAAUCGCAAAACCCGGUUGCACGGGAAUCACUAAUCCCUAUGGCCGCACGAAAUGGAUGUGCGAGACAAUCCUAGCUGACUUGGCCGCUUCAGACCCUGAAUGGACAAUCGUAAACCUGCGAUAUUUCAAUCCAAUCGGUUGCGAUUCUUCCGGUCUUCUGGGUGAAGAUCCGAAGCAAAUCCCAACGAACCUCCUACCGACUGUUGUCAAGGUCAUCACGGGGCAGUACAAAGAGCUGCAAGUGUUCGGAACAGACUGGGAAACUGAGGAUGGCACCGCCGUUCGUGACUUCAUCCAUGUCACUGACCUUGCCCGAGGACAUAUCGCUGCUCUCAACGCCGCAAAUGACGAUAAACUAAAGGACAACUUCCGGACAUUCAACCUCGGUGCAGGACAUGGCCAUUCCGUGAUGGAAGUGGUAAGCGCCAUGGAGGAGGUCUCUUCCAAGCAUAUUCCGGUGAGGGCUACCGGGCGGCGCCCUGGGGAUGUUGGCUCAUGUGUUGCUGUGGCCAGCAGGUCUCACGAGGAGCUUGAUUGGAGGACAGAGAAGACGUUGAGAGACGCGUGCUCGGAUAUCUGUCAUUUCUUGAAUGUUAGUGGUCUGUCUUCAUAGGUCAAUAUGGUGGCCAGGCCUCUGAAGAGAAAGUGCAUUGCAAUUGGGCGGCAUUUUGAUUAUUUUGUUGUUUUUUAAUUGCAUGGCGUUGGAGCGUGUAUGAUAUAUGUAUCCUUAAUGCCCUGAAUUCGAUACACCACAUAUAUAUAUUCACCUGAUCUGUA